AUGAAGGAGGCUGGCAUGAUGGCACUGCAAGCCGAUAUGACCCUCGAGACCGAUGUCAAGAUCCGGAUGCGCGAUGGCGUGCAUCUCUACGCCGACAUUUACCGCCCCGUCGAUGAGAAUAUCGAGUAUCCGGCCAUCCUAUCAUGGAGUCCAUACGGGAAACACCUCAACAUGAACACCAUGCUGGCUUCUAUGCCCGGCCGUGUCGGGCUGCAUAAGUCCGAGACGAGCGGCUUUGAGGACUUUGAGGGGCUAGAUCCGGCCUUUUAUGUCCCCAAAGGCUACGCCGUCUUCAACGUCGACAUAAGAGGAUCCUGGCGCUCAGAGGGCGACCUAUACUUCUGGGGUAGACAGGAGCAGAUCGACGGCUAUGAUACCAUCGAGCACCUGGCUAGUCUCCCCUGGUGCAACGGCAAGGUCGGCAUGGCGGGCAACUCGUGGCUGGCCAUAUCCCAGUGGUUUAUCGCAGCUGGCAAGCCGCCUCAUCUAGCUGCCAUAGCGCCGUGGGAGGGGCUGACGGAUGCCUACCGUGACCAGCACCGGCGAGGAGGAAUGGCAAAUAGGACCAUGCCGUCAUCUCUCGGCCUGUUGGUGCCCGGCAACGGCCUGAUGGAGGAGGCGGGCAGGAUGGCGGCUUGUAACCCGACGUGGAGCGAGUACUGGGAGGACAAGAAAGUCGAUCUCGCCAAAAUCACCGUCCCUGCAUACGUCGUCGCGAGCUACACCUCCAAGAUCCACGUCAGCGGCAGCUUCCGCGGGUUCCGUAAUAUCUCGUCUAGGGAGAAGUGGCUACGUGUUCAUCCAUACCAGGAGUGGUACGACUUUAUUGGGGAGCAGGCUGACCUCUUACGCUUCUUCGACUACUUCCUCAAGGGGAAAGAAAACGGAUGGCAGUCCACACCAACUGUCCGCUCCAUGGACUCGUACCCACCUCCCAAGACCCUCCGUCGCAAAUACUACCUCAACGCGUCGUCUGGCACGGCUGAGGAGGUGAACCAUCCACAGCCAGCGUCAUGUAGCUACCGGGCCGCUGUAAAAGGAGAGGCCAACUUUGAGAACGUCUUCCGCCACCCCACAACCCUUGCCGGCUAUCCCACCGUCCGUCUUUGCAUGCACUGCGAGGAGCACGACGAUAUGGACGUCUUCGUCCUCAUCCGAAAGCUUGACAGGUAUGGCAACGUUGUUGAGCAGGUGAAAUUCCCCACGGCGACGCGCCUGGAGGACAUGCCCAAGAUAAACACGGCCCGCCAUCAAGGGCCGAGCGGCAUGCUCAGAAAUAGUCACCGCGCGAUGGAGCCGAGCACCGAGUGCGCACCUGGCGAGAUCUUCCACCCACACAUCACCGAGGACAAGGUCAGCCCCGGAAGCAUUGUUGCUCUUGAAUUCAACACGUGGCCCAUCGGCAUGUUCUAUGAGGCGGGUGAGGGGUUGCGUCUAUCAAUCGGCGGUAGAGACUUAAGUUAUGCAGAGCUUGAUAUACUGCCAGGCGAGAGAAACUGCAAUCGCGGUGCCCAUGUUAUCCACACAGGCGGCGAACACGAGAGUUGGAACGAUCUUCCUUUUGUUGAGUGGGACUAA